AUGCCGUUCUCGUUGUCUUCACUUGCAACUGAAAUCCACCUCUUAAUCGCUGACUAUCUCGGUUCCGAGCGCAGCAUAAAUGCCUUGGCUCGGACUAGCCGCCGGUUUUAUCAGCUCCUCAACGACUAUUUAUAUAGAUAUAAUGCUACAAAGAACGGGAGUUCGGCCCUGUUGUGGGCUGCAAGGCGUGGCCAGAGCGCUUCCGCAGCUCACUCGAUUGCGCAAGGUGGCAACAUCCAGGCAACGUGGAUUGUCUCCCCUAGCUUCAGACCUAGGUACUAUAUUCGAGUAUCUACGAGCGGCGAAGCGGGAAUCGUGGACCUGCUGAAGCAAAACGAAUGUCUGUCUUGUACACCAAUCUAUGCAGCGUCCCUCGGCGGCUAUGUAGAGGUUGUGGACCUGCUGAUGCGCCAUGGAGCAAAUACUGAGCUUCACCUCGGGCGCUGGGGAUGUCCUCUCCAGGCCGCCUCUCAAUGUGGCCAAUUGACGAUAGUUCGGAAACUGCUGGUACAGUGUCGCGAUAUCGACAAGCCCGCACCCUACAAAAGCAGGACCGCGCUUCAUAUCACUUGCCUCGCCGGACACGAUAGGGUCGUGCAAUGCCUUAUUGAAGCCGGUGCAAAUGUGAUGGCCCAGGAUGAUGAGCUCGAGACUCCACUGCAUUUGGCUCUACGUGAAGGAGGUGGGUUCCCUACCGGGCGCCUGAGAACUGUACAGUGGUUACUCGUCAGCGGAGCCGACAGGCAUGCCCGAAAUCGAAAGAGAGAGACUCCUCUCAAUAUAUUGACGCGGACCAAGGGUUCGGACCUCAGAUGCCUAUUCAGCAAAGGUUUUAGAAUUGCGGUUUACGAGGCCGAUGCUGAAGGUAACCAGGGGCACAAGCCAACUUCACUACAGCGGUUAUGGUCAGCUUAUAUUGAUAAACAAACAGAAGCUGCGACUGAGUCUUCAAGGCUAAGAAGACUUCAAGCGGGGGCGGCCGUCGAAGCAGAGUCUGCCCGGGUAAAAUUGCAGGCGCAACGUCAACUCGAUAUCAGGCGUCGCCAUGCGAAGGACCAGGAGGUUGCUAGAGAGAGAGCCAGGAAAGCAAAGGAAGACAAAACCAAGGCCCUUCAGGCUCAGGAAGCAGAACAGCAAGCGAUCGAGACUUCUCUGACCCAAAAACAAAAUGCGGCUCGGAAAACCUGGCUUGACUUAAGGGCUAAAGCCGAAUCUGCACUCGAGCCACCAGAUGCGGCCACAAAUGGCAGAGCGGCGAGUUGUUUCUCAACUCAUGCUCCUGCUACUUAUCUCGGUUCUGUCGGUGCGAAAGUUGUCAACUCCACAGAAUAA